GUGGGGAGAUCUCUGAGGUGAGGGGAGCAAUCAAGUACUAAUGCGCAGAUGCUCUAGAGCGUGCAAGAGUUCCAGCAUUGAAGCGGAGAGAAAUAAUGGCGGUGGUCAGGAUGCAGAGGUGGAGGGACGGCAGGCAAAGCCCCUCCGAUCAGAAGAGACUGUCACAACAAGGAAGGUCUAAGACCAAGUAACAUUGCUGAUAACUCAGAGGAGGGUGCAAUCCAUCUUGCCAUUCAGGAAUACCCCAGAGGUUGCUCUUGGAGAAAAGCCUCUCGAAAUGUUGUAGGGUUAGCUCAUUGAACUGACCUGUUGGUAGCCCCACAACAAGGCCUGCCGGGGGAAAAAAGCUCAUAAUACCAGCAGGAGAUUUGCCAAAUAUCUCAUUCUAAGUUGCGGGGAGGGGGAAGUCAGAGUUCAGAAUGGAGGAGAGAUUAGAAGCUGCGGGGAAAGCUCCACACGUCAUCAAGGUGACGUGCUUGAAAGACCUGCCAAAACGGGCCGCCCCACAAAAUGGCAAACAACAACCUGAAGAUGGGGUGCCACAGCAAUGGGUAGCCCAAUGCCAGGAGUUCCUGAAGGCAUUGGAUUCCCACUGCUCAGGAUGGGGAAACCGGCAGACUAAGCUUGGCCCUUGGGACGACGCCAAGGCUUUUCUGGCCUCCUUUGAGCAGGUUGCCGAAGCCUGCCAGUGGCCAAGAGGAGAAUGGGUGGCCCGGCUCUUGCCAGCCCUUAGUGGAGAAACCAAGCAGGCCUAUAACCAGCUAGAAGCCAGAGACAAAGGAGACUAUGAGAAGGUGAAGGCUGCCAUCUUGCAAGGGGAGGCCCACCAGAUGGAAACAUUGCGCCAGCUCUUCAGGCAGUUCCGCUACCAGGAAGUGGAGGACCCGCGAAGGAUUUAUGGACAGCUCCGGGAGCUUUGCCAUCAGUGGCUGAAGCCGGAGAAGCACACAAAGGAGCAGAUCCUGGAUUUGCUGAUUCUGGAGCAGUUCUUGGCCAUCCUGCCCCAGGAUAUCCAGAGCAGGAUCAGGUCAUGGGACCUAGAGACCAGCUCCCAAAUAGUGGCAGAAGAGUUCCUGACAAAUCCUCCAGAGGCCAAGACUUGGGAAUGGCAGGUGCCACUGGAGGAAGUGUCCAUGAAUCCCUCGGAAGCAGAGGGGGCACCUCAGGGACAAAUCUACACAGAGGCCAAGAAGAAAGCUGAGGAGGACCUCUGUUUGCUGGCCAGCGGAAUAAUGUCCCCAAGUCAUCCCAGCUCAGUCCUUCCUCCUGAAGAACAAGAAGUGGCUGGUGCAGGACUGACAGAGGGACCUGUGAAUCUGAAUGGGGUGACGGUAGCUCUGGAGAAUGCUGAGUGGGCCGUGUUAAACCCCAGCCAAGGAACCAUGCACUGGGAAGUUAUGCAGGAGAACUCUGAGGACAUCAGCUCUUUGGGAGGAUUUGUGAUUCCCAAACCGGAGGUUGUAUCCCAGAUGGAACAAGAAGAAAUGGUCUUUGUCCACGACUCUGAGGAUGGCAAAGGGUUUCCGGGCAGCCUCUCAGGUGAUGAGGAGCCACAUAAAAUCAAGAAGGAGAAUUUUCAGGAAGGGAGAAGUGAGCCAGAGGAAAUCUACAGCAUGUCGCUGGAAAUAUCCCAUGGGAAGGCUUCUCUGGUGGCUGAGAUUCAUGAACAAGGAUGUGAGUCCAAUAGGCACCCUGGGAAGAAGCCGCUGGAAGGAUGGAAUGAAACCAUUGGUGUUUCAGAAGGUCAUAUGGCAGCUAAGGAAACCUCAAGGCACGCAAGGGUGAGUAGGUUUUUGCACUCCAAGAGCGGGAAAUGGUACCGCUGGAAAUCGGGAGUGGUUACCAAUCAGGUAACCCAUACUGGAGUAACCCCUUAUGAAUGCCUCAUGUGUGGGAAACGCUUUCAGAAAAAGAAUUACCUCGCUAAACACCAGAGGAUCCACGCGAAACCCAAACUGUACCAAUGCUCCGAGUGCGGGGAGAGCUUCAGUUGGAGAGAAGGGUUUGUUAGACACCGAGGAACACACACCGGAGAGAAGCCACACGAAUGUUCACAGUGCGGGAAAUGUUUCAGCCAGAGAGAGAGCUUGAUCCGACAUGAGAAAAUCCACACGGGAAAGAAACCAUACGAGUGCCCUGAGUGCGGGAAGAACUUCUGUCGACGGGAUUCAUUGAAACCAACAAUGAGUGAAGGUGAUUUGGCAAAAUGUGCUAUUUUGGAUGGGAAGUAUUUCACGGUGUUAGAGGAGAUAGGCGGGAAAGUGAAAGCAAAAUGUGAACUGUGUGGACCUGGAAAAUCCACGGUAAUUAGUGGUUCUUACAGUGCCACAACUAAUUUCAAGACCCAUUUGAAGAGAGUUCAUCCUGGUGCUGUAAGUUCAUUUGAAGAGUAUAAAGUUGAAUGGUCAAAAAGAGCAUCUUUUCGAAAGAGACAAUUAAAAGACAUUUCUGUUGAAGAAGAUCAACAUUCAAAGAAACUGAAACAAACCAGACUGUCUUUUGGAAACACUUCCAGUCAUAAAACAUGCAGUCAAAAUAAAUUUGACGUUCUAGUUACAAACUUUGUGGUUAAUGGAAUGAGGCCUUUGUCAAUAGUGGAAGACCCGGAUUUUGUAAAUUUGUUUCAAGGUAUGGAUUUUGGAGUUAAUGUGAUGUCACGGCAGACUCUUGCUCAGCGCAUUCAUGAAAUGGAAAAGAAAAUGAUAUUUGUUAUCAAGCAAAGUAUUGAAAAAGUUCCUUACGUUUGUACAACAGCUGACAUUUGGUCAGCAAAGUCUCGAAGCUUUCUAGGAGUCACAGCUCACUGGAUCGAUGAAAGAACGUACGAGCGAUGUUCUGCUGUUCUAGCCUGCAAGAGAUUUCGUGGUUCACACACUUAUGACAAAAUAGCUGAGAUGCUUGAUGAAGUGAACAGUUCUUUCGGGCUGACACAUGAAAAGAUUGUAUCAACCAUCACUGAUAAUGGCUCAAAUUUCAUGAAAGCUUUCAAGGAGUUUGGAGUUGCCCUGCGGAAAGCCACAGAUGACUAUGAUUAUGAUGAUAGUGCCGAAGUUGAUGGGGAUUCAGCAGACGAAUUUGAGUUUACUUUCAUAAAUGAUCAAGGCAUUGUGACUCCUGAUGCCACAGUGAUUCUGCCUCACCAUAAUCGCUGUUCUUCCUACACAUUGAAUUUGAUAGCGACAACUGAUACAAACAAGGUUCUGGCAAAUACUCCCUCCAUCUCUAGAAUACAUCACCCUGCUAUGGCAAAGUGCUGGGCUCUAUGGAAUGCCUCAAGCCAUCUAAAAUCUGCAGAAGAACUCUCCUCUGUACUAGAACAUAAACUGAGUAACCCCUGCGUUACUCGGUGGAAUUCAUUGUAUGAUUUAGUUUGUCAAAUAAUAAGGUUCCAAGAAAAGUUGCCUGAUGUUUUAACAAAACUUAAUCUAAAAUGCAGCUUCAAAGAAAUGGAGUUUGAGUACCUUAAGGAGUACACGGAAAUUUUCAGACCACUUGCUGUCACUCUUGACCUCCUCCAAGGAGACAAUUGUUAUUAUGGCCAGCUGUUGCCAACUCUCUUCACAUUGCGGACAAAACUCGAGGAACUUGAAACAAAGAACUUCAGAUACUGUGGACCUCUUCUGCAAGGUGUAAAGGCUAACUUAUAUAAGAGAUUUGAAAAAUACUUCCACCUAUCUUCUGAGGUUAACGAGGCGAUCAUAGCGGCAUGUACACAUCCAUUUUUCAAAUUGCGGUGGCUGCCAGCAGAUAUUGGUGAUUGUUCCAGGAAGAAGAUCCAGGAGCUACUAAUAAAUUCUGCAAAGCAAACGAAUCCUUCCACAUCCCAGAAGUGUGAAGAAGAUCUUCCUUCAACAGAUGAUAAGUGGUUCUGUUUUGAUGAUGGAAAAAACAGUGACACUAUAGCAACCAAAAGUUGUAAGACAGAGCUGGAAAUACUCCAGUUUUUGCAGGACAAAUCCAAGCACAUCAGUAUGUUGGAUGGGUAUCCCAUUGUCCGACGGCUAUUUUUUAGAUAUAAUACAAGUCUAACAUCGAGUGGUCCCGUAGAAUGGUUAUUUUCCUUUGCUGGGAUGAUUCACAGCCCCAGAAGACACAACUUGAGUGAUUUAAUCUUUGAAAAACUUGUAUUGCUUAAAGGAAAUGGAAACAAGUUUGGAUAAGUAAUGGACAUCUCAAAAUUGUGUCCUUUUUUCAGGCAAUGAAUUUUGUAAUUUAAGAUUUAUUGUAAAAGACUAUUUUGCAUUUUGUAUUUUUAUUGAUUGUUGACCAAGUAUUUUGUAUCUAAAACAGAUCAGCUAUUCUUUCUCUAAAA